CAGCUUGCCUCCGCGGGAUGCGGCCGCGCGUCCCGCUGUAGCCUCGGCGCCCCGGGAGGUUGCUGCCGCGCGCCCGCCGCGCCGCCCUCCGCCCGCGGGAGCACCUCGGAUGCGAUCUUCUCUCACCUGAGAAACGAGGCCAACUGGUUUGAAAAUGGAAAACCAGGAAACGAUUUCUUCGCAGAACUCCAGACAGACUAUUAUUUCCGAGGAGUUGAUUUCAGAAGGAAAAUGGGUCAAACUUGAAAAAACAACUUACAUGGAUCCUACCGGUAAAAUAAGAACCUGGGAGACUGUGAAGCGAACCACUCGGAAAGGACAGUCGGCUGACGGCGUGUCCAUCAUCCCGGUGCUGCAGCGGACCCUGCAUUACGAGUGUAUCGUGUUGGUGAAGCAGUUCCGCCCGCCCAUGGGAGGCUACUGCCUGGAGUUCCCCGCAGGCCUCAUAGAUGGUGACGAAAGCCCAGAAGCAGCUGCUCUGCGGGAGCUGGAGGAGGAAACGGGCUACAAAGGGGACAUCGCCGAAUGCUCUCCAGCCGUGUGUCUGGACCCGGGCCUAUCCAACUGCACCACACACAUCGUCACAGUCACCAUCAACGGGGACGACGCAGCCAACGUCAGGCCGAAGCCAAAGCCGGGAGAUGGAGAAUUUGUGGAAGUGCUUUCUUUACCAAAGAAUGACCUGAUGCAGAGACUCACCGCGCUGGUGGCCGAAGAGAAGCUCCUGGUGGACAGCAGAGUCUACGCAUACGCCCUGGCCCUGCAGCACGCCCACAUGAAGCCCUUCGAGGUGCCCUUCCUCAAAUUCUGACCCCUCCCCCUGCAGAUAUGUAUUCCCCCUGUAGAU